UUUCUCAAUCAUGUUUAAGAUUUCGAGGAUUAUCAUUGUGUGUGGUUACACUUACUUUCUUAUCCAAUAUUUAAAGUUAUCCUUAAAACCAGUGAUAACAGAAAUUAACAUUGAAUACGUGUACCGUUUGCCCCGAACUAUGAACAAACACAACAAAAUGUUGACAACACACUACAACGUAAGUACAUACCUAAGGUCGUAUAGAAAGCCAGAGAGAUUUAAAACUGAUUUGAAAUUUAUACUCAAGUUUACGGCAACGUUUUCUGAAUCUGGAACAUUUGUAUUGUUCAAAAACGGGCAAAGUCCUUUUAUUGAAAACAAUUGUACGUAUUAUAACUGCUAUUUAACAACAAAUAAGAAAUACCUAAGAGAUUUAAGAGAUUUCGAUGCUAUAGUGUAUGAUGUUGAGCACUAUUGGGAUGGACAGGUCAUGUUAAGACAUCCCUAUCAAAAAUUCAUCUUCAUGGCUUCCGAAUCAGCUGCCAAUUUCCCUCUAUGCGAUGAUCUGUACGACGAUUAUUACAAUCUGACAUGGACUUACAAACUCAACUCAGAUAUUCGCUGGACUUACAUAACUAUUACAGACAAGAAAGACAAUUUCGUUGGUCCAAAGAUAAAUAUGACUUGGGUGGAUCCUAUGGAGCCUACACCUGAAGAGGUUAAGCAGAAAAUUGCUGGGAAAAAGAAAGCAGCUGCAUGGUUCGUGUCUAACUGUAAGGCGAAAAGUGGACGACAAAACGUGACGAUGAUGAUUGAAAAAGAAUUGAAGAGAUACGAUAAGAACUUGACAGUAGACGUUUAUGGGUUUUGUGGUCAGAAGAAAUGCCCAAAAGACAAUAUAGAAGAAUGCUUGUUUCUCCUUCAAUCGGAUUACUAUUUCUACAUGGCGUUUGAGAACUCGAUCUGUGAGGAUUACGUCACUGAGAAGGUUUUGUAUCCGCUGCAGAAUUACGCAGUACCGAUAGUGUUCGGUGGGGCUAACUAUUCCAGGUUCCUUCCACCUGGUUCAUACAUCAACGCUCGAGAGCUGUCCGCCUCUCAAGUAGCUAAUUUGAUCUUUAAAGCUAUGAAUAACCCAAAAAUCUAUGAAGACUACUUCAGAUGGCACAACCAUUAUAAUUAUGUAAAGACUCCACCAAACCACGACAUCUGCAAGCUCUGUCAGAUCCUAAACGAGGAUGGUGGUAAGCACUCCUCAUACAAACACUUCAGAACCUGGUGGAACCCUGACUACCCUUCAAUGUGCACCAGGGGAGUUGGAAAGUUCAUCGGAAUGAAGCCAAACUCCAUGAUGGUGGCAGAAGCUGAAAGAAAGUGA